GAGUGCACCCACUCACGAAUACACUGUUGUGCAUAUCGUCCCCCUCUCUCUCUCUCGCGAGAUCCACAAAAAUGGCUUCCAGAUUGUUGUGGGCUUCUAGGGUUGCUUCUCACCUCAGGGUCUCCGUCUUCCAACGAGGGUUUUCUUCCGUGAUUCUGAAGGAUCUGAAAUAUGCUGACUCCCACGAGUGGGUGAAGGUCGAUGGAAACAAAGCAACAGUAGGGAUAACAGAUCAUGCGCAAGACCAUUUGGGUGAUGUUGUCUAUGUGGAGUUGCCCGAUGUGGGACGUUCAUUAUCGCAAGGCGAGAGCUUUGGAGCGGUGGAAAGCGUCAAAGCUACGAGCGAUAUCAACUCUCCAAUCUCGGGUAAGGUUGUCGAAGUCAAUGACAAGCUAAGCGACACUCCUGCUUUGGUGAACUCGAGCCCGUAUGAGGAUGGAUGGAUCAUAAAGGUGGAGCUGAGUGACUCGGGCGAGUUGAACAACCUGAUGGGCUCGGAGAAGUACUCCAGCUUCUGUGAAGAAGAAGAUGCCAAGCACUGAACUUUCCAGAUCAUUCUGGAAUCUCCGAAAGAACUCGGAACCAGACAAAAAGCAAAACAAAAAGUUCGGUCCUGUCGUUGAUGAUCAAGAACAGUGAAGCUUUGGCCUUCUUGAUGUCUCUGUUUGAGUGAUUUCAGUUUUAGAGUUCUGUUUAUUGGUAGAGAGAAUAAAAAAGCUUUGGCCUUCAGUUUGGUUUGGAGAUGCUUCGUGGUUUUGCA